AUGCACACUCCGCACGCCGCGGGGGGGAGCGCUCCCGACGAUGCAAGCCGUUCGACCUGCAGAAGUCGCCUUUUCCUGCAUGCAUCGCCAGCACCCCCGCCCGGCUCGCCCUCGUCCGCUCACCUCAACCGUGAAGCUGGUGCCGAUCAGGCUGCGCAUGCCGCUCCGCUCGCGUUUCACCUCUCUCGCCAGGCGGCGCCCGCGAACGAGGAGGCGGAGAAGCCUCUGAACGACGGAGGGCGCGAACACCUGCGGGGAAUCGCCGCGAGGGAGGCUGAGCACCAGGACGGACGGCCUCUGUGGAUGGAGGAUCAUGCCGGUCAUCUGGACCAGCUAUUUCGAGGCUCACGCGUCAUGACUGGUCUUCAGCCAAGUGGGCACCUGCAUCUCGGCAAUUAUUUCUCAGUGGUUCGUCCGCUGCCGACUUUGGAAUCGUCGGGCGCGUCGAUCACAUGUCUCAUCGGCGACCUGCACGCCUCGUUUGGGGGCCUCGACCGGACGGGCGUAAGCCUUCUGUCUCCGGAGACAAUCAGGUUUCGCUCAGGCCGAGUCAACGCAGCAGACGGCGACCGUCUCAGAGGCGCCGUUUCUCGACACGGAACCAGUACCCCCGCCUGCGGAGGGAGAACGGCGGACUCCAACGAGGGGGGUUCUGUCGAAGACACGAAGGGGAUCUCCGAGAAGACGCUCGACGCAGUCGCGAUGCUGCUGGCGGCCGGGAUACAUCCUGUCCUUGACGCAAAAGUCGACGGGAUAGAUGGCUCGGAGACACGGGGCAACACCGCCGUGGUUGUGCAGAGCCUCGUCCCCGAACACACCAUGCUCGCUACGCUGCUGAUGGGGACUACGCCCCUAGCGUGGCUGGAACGGUGUACGGGUGCAUCGGCCAAUAUUCGUCGCCUUGACGGAGAAGCGCGAGGCUCGGCUGACAGCGGCAAGCACAGUGCGCUGCAGGGCGACGAAGGCCGCAGAGCAGACGUCGGCAUGCGGUUUUAUCCGUUACUGAUGGCAGCGGAUAUCCUGUCACACGAUUCCGACUUCGUGCUGGUGGGCGGGGAUCAACGCCAGCAUGUCGAGUUCACUCGCCAAGUCGCUAGGCGGUGGAACCGCUCUUUUCUCCCCUGUUCCUCCGAGGGCGCCGGCGGGGACCAACCAGCUGGGCGUCGGCGGGCAGACCCUCUGGCGUCCAGUGCGACUGGGCGGUUGACGAGCGCGCGACCGGCGACACGGCAGGGUCUGUGUGUGCCCAAAAUGAUAAGCUACAGGCGAGUGUCUUCGAGAAUCGGAGAUCUGCAGAGCCCGGGGAACAAAAUGAGCAAGAGCGGCUCGCAUGCGUCCGGAAGUGCACCGCUGAACUCCAAGGGAUGCGUAUUUCUUCUAGACCCUCCGGAUGUCAUCGCUCUGAAGAUCGCCAAGGCGAAGACUGAUACACUUCGCGGCUUGUCCUACAACCGAGCGGGGCCGCCGAACCCUCAGCGAGAGGGAGUUGGCGACCAGGACGGAGCUGAGGGUCGAGCUGCCUGCCACAAUCUUUUGCAUCUUUGGAGCGCCGUGACAGGCGAAGGGCCUCAGGAGGCGGCGAGCCGCUUUAACGAUGCCUCCUGGGAGUGCUUCAAGAAGGAACUGGCCGAGCGCCUCGUGGAUAUGCUCAGCCCUGUGCAGAGGCGCUAUCGAGAAAUUAGAUCUGACACCCCUUACCUGCGUCGCGUGAUCGCCGCGGGUGCACGAGUGGCCCGCCAAAGAGCCGCCGCGACACUGCAGCACGUCAGACAGGCAAUGACCAUUCUAGACACAACCUGGGAGGCAACCUGA